AUGGCGUUCGACGACAUCGUGGCCGUGAACUGCAACGGGAGUGGUGGGGAAGACGUACGCGACCCGAACGCCACCUUCUCGGUGUUCCUGUACUUCAGGGCGGACACGGACGCGAGCGGCGUGGCCAUGUACGUCUACUGCGCGUCGUGCUUCGUGCUGUCGCUCGUUCUCAACUGCCUGCUCAUCGCCACCGUGGCUCUGAGCCCGAAGCUGCACAGCCCCAUGUACAUCCACUUCCUCUACCUCUCCGUGCUCAAUCUCCUGGCGUCCGUCUCGGGUCUCGUGUUCGUCCUCAGCGCCAGCGCAGGGCGGAUGCGCAGGAUCGGCGUCGCCAGCUGCCUCGCCCAGUCGUUCUUCGUCUACUUCACCACAUUCAGCGAGGUUCUCGCCCUGGGUCUCAUGGCCCUCGACCGCUACAUCGCCGUUUGCCUGCCCCUGCGCUAUCCGGCACUCGUCACGAACCGUCUCACAGAGAAGGCGGCGUGCGGUGCCCUGGUCGUGUGCCUCGCCUCGGCACUCCUCGUUACGCUGCUGUCGUCGAGAGAGAACCUCUGCGCAGACACGCUCAUGGGCGGCGUCUACUGCGACGUGGUGGCGCUCUCCAGGUUCACGUGCCCUCGCACCAUGGCCACCGAGAUCGUUGUGGCCGUUGUCUCCUCCGCGCUGCUCCUGCCGGCCAUCGGGUGCAUGGUCUUCUCGUACGUGCAGAUCCUGCGCGUGCUUUGCACGCCCGGGUACGGGGAGAGUCGCUCCAAAGCCAUACGCACGUGCACCACCCAGGUGAUGGUGUUUCUGCUCUUCUACUGCACGUGGAGUUUGGCAGGAAUCGCUCCGUUUCUUGACCCGUGCUUUGACCCCCCGUUCGUCCACAAACUUCAGGUAACGGCUCAGAUCCUGUUCGUCACGCUGCCCCCAGUCUUGGACCCUCUCGUAUACGGACUCAGGACCAAAGAGGUGCGGGUUGCGGUGUCCAGACUUAUCGUACGCUCCGGGCAGUACCUCUUCCCGCAGAACAGGAUGCUGCCCCGAGCAGCCACCGUCACUUUGUCAAACCCGCCAUAAUGGAGUCUUGGCGGGCCCCCUCUGGAAUCCACGGCUGGGCUCUCUGUGUCGUUGCAUUGGGGGAGACGCAGCUACUUUGCGAUGCGGCAUUGUCACUCCAAGGACCCACUUGGGAAAACUGCACGUGCAGUGCGGAUGACUCGUUGAAGGAAGGAGACUUCGCCGUCUUUGGGAUGCGAUGUCGGAGCCUGGAGCCCUGGAGAUGUGAAGCAGGGAAUGUUUAAAUGAGCCUGGAGCCCUGGAGAUGUGAAGCAGGGGGUGUUUAAAUGAGCCUGGAGCCCUGGAACUGUGAAGCAGGGGGUGUUUAAAUGAGCCUGGAGCCCUGGAGAUGUGAAGCAGGGGGUGUUUAAAUGAGCCUGGAGUCCUGGAGAUGUGAAGCAGGGGGUGUUCAAAUGAGCCUGGAGCCCUGGAACUGUGAAGCAGGGGGUGUUUAAAUGAGCCUGGAGCCCUGGAGAUGUGAAGCAGGGGGUGUUUAAAUGAGCUGUGCCUUUUUCUGUCGGGAACAUGGUGGCGAGAUGUUAACUACCUCGCCUGGUAUACAUGAGUUUGUGUCUUAGAUCCCGACCCUGACGUCUGCUGUAUAUUUGGAGUUUGAAUGUUUUCCUCGUGGUCACGUGGAUUUUUCUCCGGGUCCUCCGGUUUGUCCCUCCACAUAUACAAUGCGCCUUUAGAGUAUUUGGCUGCAUUAACUUUCCACGCGAUACGCCACUUCGUUGAGAUAUCAAUUGUGGCCAGGUCGCUUCUAAAAUAAGCUAGAUUGCUCAGUGGGCCCUACCUGGUUAAAUAAGCAAUAAGUUCUACAUAGUUUAGUUUAACAUGUUUUGAAGGUUCAUAGAGUUUUAAAAAGACAGUUGUGAUCUCAUAAAUGUACCAUACAUGCACAGCCCUGGAUGAAGGCUUCCCCAUGCUUUGCGGGUAUUGGGAGGUUAUUUUACCAUGCUUUUGCCACAGCUGAUGAUUAUUGAUGUGCCUCAAUGCAGUCAUGUUAAGGUAGUUUGUCGUGCAAUUCGGACCUAGUUUUUCUUGAGGUUUAUGGGUAACAAUUGAAUGUAAAUUCUUUAUAUGUGAAAAUGAACGUGGCAAAUGAUAUCUAAAUGUGAUUUAAAUGUUUGCAGAUGCCACUACGGUUUGUUUAGAAUGAACAAAGAAGCACGUUAAACUGUGAAGUGGGAUGUUUAGAAUGCUGUGACUACAUUCACAAGAGAAUUAUCUCGUUUCAGUGUUUGCCAAAAUCCAAAUUUGACUCGCAACUAGAUUACAAAUAAGAAAAAAAUGACAGGCCACCUGUAGCCACUGUCACCAAAGUGUUAUUUAUUAAAUAUAUGAUGCAUCAUUUGUGAGAAAUCACUUGUGUAAAAUAAAGAUAAUACAAU